AUGGUGGAUCUAAUCGAUUUCACUGAUAGGGUCAUCGAAAUCGCGAAAAAGAGAGCACGCCUCAACGAUUCAUGUUCAUCAGAUUUACAAGCUCUGAAAUUAAAUUCCCAAACCCAGAGAUUAGCGUUGGAACGAUCUAUUCUAACAGGCGUCGAUUACUCAAUAACGUUUGUUGAAACUCAUAAAGCUAUUGAAAGAAGAAUCGAAGAAGAGAUGGAUAAUCGUCUGAAUACCAAGAAGGUUGUGGUUUUAGAUGACGGAGAUGUUUGUUCGAUUUGUCUACAAGAUAUAGACACCGCUGACGGCGGCGACGAUGAUGAUGGAGCUGCAAGAGUUUUGAAUUGUUCUCAUACUUUUCAUUCCAGAUGUAUUUCUGAAUGGAGGAAACGGAAGACUAAUUGUCCUCUGUGUAGACAUGAUAUGGAGAAAGAACAGGAACAACGGUGUACCGUUAAACGGCGAAAAGUAGAUGAGAAUCCGAUCAUAAUCAUCUUAUAA